AUGAUUAAUUUUGACAAUGUGUGUCGCACUUGUUCAUCCGAAGGUGAAUUACAAUCAUUAUUUAUCGAAGAUCCAUUUAUUAUUGCGGAUAUGUUAAAUGAAAUUGUUGAUUUAAAGGUAAUUAAAGACGACGACUUUCCGCAAAAUAUAUGCGAAACAUGUAUAGGAAAAGUAAAAACCUCCUACUAUUUUAAAAAACAAUGUCAAGAUAUUUUUAAUAAAUUUCAAAAAUUACUAACUACAGCAUGUAACAUUAAAAGAGAAAUUAUUUGUACAAACGAAAAUGAAAAACUGGAAGAAAAUACAGAUUGGGGUGUGGAUGAUGUAGCUUUAGAUGGAAAUGAUGAAGAAAAUAUUGAAGUAUUAUCAAAUACAUCGAUUAAAAAUUUAUCUAAAGUAAAGAAAAGAAAAAAAAUUAUCAAAGAGAAAAAAUUGAAAAAUGGCAGUGGACCACGAAAAUUUGAGUGCAAUAUUUGUAAUAAAAGUGUUUUUAAGUUACGUGAUCAUAUGCGAUCACAUACAAAAGAAAAACCUUACAAAUGUGAAACAUGUGCGUUAGAAUUUUCCCUAAAAGGAAAUUAUCAACGACAUUUAAAAAUUCACACCGGUGAAAAAUCACAUGUUUGUCCUGUAUGUGGUCGUGGUUUUAUACAAAAACCAGAUUUACAGGGUCAUCUACGUAAACAUACCGGAGAAACACCAUUUAAAUGCACCCAAUGCCCAAAAUCGUAUAAACAACGUACUCAAUUAAAUUAUCACAUACGUUUAAAACAUUCCACCGAUAAUUUACAACCAACCGCCUCCGGAGAAUUUGAAUGUGAAAAAUGUAACAAUAAAUUUACAAGUAAAGAAAAUUUAUAUCGUCAUCAUCUAUUACAUAAUGAAAAAUCAUAUUUAUGUAGUCAUUGUGGAAAAGCGUAUGUAACGAAAAUUGGACUACGUGAACAUACACGCUCGCAUACCGGUGAAAAACCAUUUAAAUGUACAGUAUGUUCAAAGACAUUUUCACGUUGUUCUACAUUGAAUAUACAUCAAAUGAUUCAUACAGGUGAUAAACCAUAUAAAUGUGAUAUUUGUAAUCAAAGUUUUCGACAAAUUGCCCAUUUAAAAGGUCAUACGCGCACCCAUAGUGGAGAGAAACCAUAUAAUUGUACAAUAUGUCAUAAACAAUUUUCUGGUAAUUUUAAAGCACAUAUGCGAUCACAUACUGGAGAAAUGCCGUAUGCAUGUACAGUGUGUAACAAGGAAUUUAUUAGUGUGGCUAAUUUUCGUAAACAUAAGAAGAAACAUUUAUAUUCGGAUAAUAAUGAUGUUAAUAAUAUUAACUGA